AUGAAAUUGGCUGUGGAUCAUACUUCUCCAUCGACUAAGCUGCCAAUUACGGAAACGGAAGAGGUUAAAGAUAGCCCAAUCCCAUCAACUGACUUAUCAGUAAUUCGCGUACAUGGGAGUACUUCGCCUCCACCCAUAGAUUCGGAAUACUCUGAGAUCUCGACUGAAAAUAAAGUUACGCCUAAACCAGUGAUUAUUGAGGGCAUGCCUACUCCUUAUAAUGUCUAUUUCACUACUUUCGACGAUGAGUAUCAAUUGUGUGUGAUAGUUGUCGCCGAAAAGGGAGAGGGACUGCCGACGCCCGACCGGGCUUUACUCGCCAAACUGGAGGAGGCCAACAGAAAGAUCGAGGCGGACUCAAAGUGCCCCUCGCUCAACGCAGCCAGCAGAAAAAACUCUGAAACAUCACUCGCAUCAGCAACGUCGAGUCAGGAAGAUACGCGAGUGGCAGGUAGCAGCGAAGAAGAGAUUUGGAUUCUCUGGGGCAGGAUUGUCAGUAAUUGGGAGACCGAGUGGCGAAGACGCAACCAGUUUGUGAGAGAUCUGGUUAGAAGAGGUGUUCCACAUCACUUCCGAGGCAUCGUGUGGCAGCUAUUGGCCGGGGUCGAAUGCUCUCCGGAAAAAAAGCAGUAUGCCUCGUACAUUAAGGCAAAGUCAGCGUGCGAAAAGGUGAUAAGGCGUGACAUCGCGCGCACUUAUCCGGAGCAUGACUUCUUCAAGGAAAAAGAUGGCUUGGGCCAAGAGGCUCUCUUCAAUGUGAUGAAGGCGUAUUCCCUCCAUGACAGGGAAGUGGGAUAUUGCCAAGGCUCAGGAUUCAUAGUUGGACUUCUAUUGAUGCAGAUGCCGGAGGAAGAGGCGUUUGCGGUUCUCGUGAAGAUUAUGCAGCAGCACAAAAUGCGAGACAUGUUCAAGCCAAGUAUGGCGGAACUAGGACUCUGCAUGUACCAAUUGGAAAACUUGUUGCAGGAAAUCUUACCUGAUUUACACGUUCACUUUCAGUCACAGAGUUUCAGCACAUCGAUAUACGCCAGUAGCUGGUUCCUCACUCUUUUCACGACCAACCUGUCUCUGCCUUUGGCCUGUCGCAUCAUGGACGUCUUCCUCUCCGAAGGGAUAGAGGUGGUGUUUAAGGUUGCACUGGCGCUUCUCACGCUCGGAAAGGAACAUCUUCUGUCCUUGGACAUGGAAAACCUUCUCAAGUAUAUUCAAAAAGAAUUGCCGGCGAAAGCCGACGCAGACCAAGACGCAUUUAUGGAACUAGCGUACUCCAUAAAAGUGAACCCGAAAAAGAUGAAAAAGCUCGAAAAGGAGUACACCGUGAUAAAAACAAAAGAACAGAGCGACAUUGCUGUUUUGAGAUGCCUGCGUGAAGAGAACCGUAUCUUGAAGAAGCGCAUGCAAUUCCUAGAACAGGAGUGUUCGGAGUUGGCGGCUCGCUUAGUUCGGGGCCAAGUGGACCGAGCUCACGGAGAGGAAGAGACCUUCGCGCUAGAGAGGGAGCUCCACGCCCUGCGUUGUGCCAACCUCGACGCUCAGCAGGCGUUGGCCGACGCUCACGAAGAGAUACGCUCCUUGGAAGUCACUCUGGCGGAGUGCAACUCCCGCCAAUCGUCCCUGGAGGGCGGGGAGGGGAGCGAGGGCGGAGAGGGCGGCUCCGGCGACAAAGAAGAACUGGCGCGGUGUCUGCAGCAGGAGCUGGUGAGAGCUAAGCUGCAGCUCGCGGAACGAGAGGCGGCCGAGAGGGAGCUGGCCGCGAGAUUGGCCGACUUGGAGAACGACAACAAGCUGCUGCGGAAGCAGACCGUCGACAACAACGUCGCGCAUCUGCAGGACGAACUGAUAGCGGUGAAAUUGCGGGAGGCGGAAGCAAAUCUCUCCCUGAAGGAACUGCGGCAGCGCGUCACCGAGCUUGCCGACGCGUGGCGGCGACAUCUGCAGGAACACCGGGCCGAGGCGGCGGCGACGGCGGCGGCGGCUGCUCCUUCGGUAGUGUCGGACCUCAUGGCCACGCCCAAGAAAUUGCUUCGAGCGUGGGAGGGUCGCGCCGCCGACGCCCACAGGGUGGAAGACGAGUUGAUGACUACCCGCAUCCGGGAAGUCGAAGCCCUCACCGAGCUCAAGGAACUGAGGCUUAAGGAAAUGGAACUGAGCGCUCAGGUGCAGGUGUCGAGUAACCAAUUGCGUCGCCAAGAAGAGGAGGCCAGCGCUCUGAGAGAGGCCCUCGAUGCAGCUCUGGCUCGCGAGAGGGCGCUCAUCGCGAGGCAGCGUGAGUUCCAGCACAAGUACGAAGACCUCGCGGGCAAGGCGAAAUACGAAUCGAUGCAGGCGUCGAUCAAGAACAUGGAAGUCUCACAACGGAUCGCCGAGCUGGAGAACGAGCUCUCCGAGUGUAAGAUGAAGACGGAGGUGAUGGCCGCAGAGGGGGAGUUGAGGAACCACAACUCGGACGACUCGGAGCGAGUUCGCGAGCUGCAGGAGCAGGUCGCCGAGUUACACGCCGAGGUUAUGAGGCUGGAGGCGUGGAAGGCACGAGCCCUCGGGCUCGUGCCCCUCCGCGGCGCCUCGCCUGAGGAGGACCCAGAGGAGGACGACGGACCGAAGCCCGCCCAGCGAAGAAGAUCCUCCGCCUCGAGGCCGCCUUCGGACGUCGAGGACACGUAG